UACAAAGCAAUUGUCAAAAUUACAACAGAUAUGGAUGUAUAUUAGAUGCUGGUUAUUAUGUUUGUAAAUGAAUUUGAUAGGAUAUUUGAUAAUCUGGCGGUUUUAUAGACAUAAGUCAAUAUACGGAUCUCUCAUGAUACACAGUAGCUUCAUUCCAUGAACGAUUCGACAUCGUACUCUCGUAGAUGAGAAUCGGUUACGGAGUUUUUAGACACCGAACGCCGUUUAUACCACAGUAAUUCCAUGUACAUCAUUUGGAGUAAGUAGUUACGAAACAGAGGAUUCCAGGCCAGAGAAAUAACCGCAAGUCACGAUAUAGGAAAUUAAUUAGUGUCAAAAGACGAAAACUGGAGUUUUGAUCGACAUUUCGAUCAUUAUUUAACGGACAGGGAUUCAAGGGCAGUCGACAGAUAUCAUAUGGUUGGCUUAUCAUAUGCAAUUUAUAGAGUAAUUACUCCAUUGAGUGGAAAAGCUGACCCGGGAAAUUGAGAGAAUUGAGUUUGGGGAGGACGUCAAAUCACAAAUGCAGAGAUCAAUAGACCAGAAUUCAAGCAGGACUUGAGAGUAAUUGAGAAUCGUGAGUUUCGUGAGUUAUGUAUCAAUAUAUACCCUUUGACUAAAUCAUAUCGGAUUUAACAACUAUCAAGCAUUGUUCUCGGAAUACUUCAUUCUUCAAUUAAAUUUAGCACAAUCGGUACAGUAGGGUAUGCAGUAUAAGGCAAAGCUUUCUUACAGAUGACGGUUGUGGUGUUGAGUUGGAGCAGCUGAUUUUUCACAUGCCACACGUAAAUAACAGUCGGACGUAGAAAUACCACAUUAGGGUGUCAUAGAACAAUGGAAUGGAUCGUUUAUGUCAGUACAGUACCAUCAUUUUUGCUGGAAACAUCACUGUACUUCUUAUCGUUGCAAUCUCCACAGAUUAUUGGGAACACAGAUACUUCGAUUUUAGCAUAAUCAACGAAACUGUUUCAAAACAACGACAGAUUAAAGCUGAUAAUAAAACUAUGUUGCUCCAACCAAGAGACACCCGUUCGUACUUUUAUAUCAACUAUUCCAGAGUAAGACUCCACCACCCAACAACGGGGUUAGAAAAUGGUUCAACUUAUGAGCCCCCCGCGUAUAUGACCAAAGUGGUCGUUGACUGUGAUGCCCCCACAACUGAGGCUCCUCAAGUCGUGUUCCCCAUAAGGACCACCCAUGCUACAAUUCUGAAUGGAACUAACGUUACCGCACCAGAGCCUCAAUGGAGAAAUGAAACAGGCUCUAUAUAUUUCUUUUCCCAGUAUGGUAAUCUGUUCAGAGACUGUGACGACCUUGAAGGUGCCGUACGAAUUCGACUCGGCCUGACGGCAACGAGGGUUGAACGAUGCUUUAGUUUCAUCACGGGCUCUGAGAUUAACGACCGGGCACAUCAAAAUAUACCCGCAUUAGUUCAUUUAGAGCGUUCCGCCUUCGCCUUUGCAGUGAUGUGUAUGAUGUGUUUCAUCAUAAGUUUUAUAGCGGGAGCAUACGGCCUGAUCAUCAGACACAAUUUUGCUAUGAUAGUAGGGUCUUUUGCUGCGUCCCUUUCAGGUAUAUGCCUUACCAUAGCUAUAGCUUUAUUCCAUGGAAAGUGCCAUCUUCUUCACAGAAGAGAAUUCAUGGAAGGAAAUUAUUCACCGAUCAAACAAAAAAUAGAAUCUGCCAGGACUUAUCACUACGGCUGGUCGUUCGUUCUCGCGUGGAUUUGUGUGGUUUUGUGCUUCGUGAAUUCUUGGGUCUGGCUCCAGAAAUCACAAGAUUUAAAAGUAGAUAUAAAUAUGGAUUAUUCAAAUUAUAGGCAUAAAUCAAGACUUGUGAAUAGAUCGUAUUGCAAUCAGACAUACGAUACAGGAUUUAAUGAUGCUGGCCAGCUUGAAUACGAGGCAAUCCUGGCCACUAACUGACGUUCCAUCUAUGCAAUCAUGUUGACGUUGUAUUUCGAGUCCGUACUUUCAAGUAGGCCACGAUCGAACUGGAUGCUAAGUUUCAUUCGGAACUCGUGUCUUUGGUGUAUUCAGUGCAUAGGGUGCCCAGAAGUGAUGUUCCAUAACAUUUCAUUUGGAUUAUAAGACUUGUUAGACCCUAGGAUGAGGAGUAUAUAAGGAGAGACCACAAUCCCUUCCGUAAAUGUGAAAACUUACUUUCGUUUUUAUCUAGUUAAAGCAUGGGCAAUUAACUA